AUGAAAGCUUAUCAGAGAGUGAUCAAUCUUUGGUACAUUUUCUGCUUUUCAUCAACAUUUCUGAAUUCUUUCGUAUUAAUUUAUCAUACGGAAAACUCUCCUUCAGUACAACACUAUGAUUGUAUUUAUUAUACACAAACAGUAGUUUCAAAUCAUAUUCCAGCAGUGAAAUAUUGUCGUCAGUUGAACGAGAGUCAACCGCUAGAACGUGAUUUCAAUCAAUCAUGUCACAAUGGUGGUCAUUUGUGGUCUUUUGAAAAGUUAUCAGCAUUGAAAGUGUCGCCAUCAGAAGUGUUACAAUGGAGUUCAAGUGUUGAACAAGUUGAUCGUUAUUCCAAAUAUUUAUCCAACAAUUCAACUGAAUUGAAAAAUCACUAUUUAUGUAAUUGUUCAAAUCCAUCGUCAUUUGGCAAAUUCUGUGAAUAUCUCUUUUAUGGGCAAAGUAUUUCUUUUCAUGAUGCAAUUACCAAACAAUUUCAACCAUUCGAAAAUUACGAUAUGCACACUAACAAGAUUUAUGUUGGUAGGCAACUUCAUGAGAAUCGACCAUGUUACAUAACAUGGAUUUGUAAUUCAGGAUCGAUGUGUCUCGAUUGGAGACACAUCUGUGAUGGUAAACAACAGUGUAUGGAUGGAAUUGAUGAAGAUUAUUGUGAAAAAUUAGAAUUUAAUGAAUGUGAAGAUGAUGAAUAUCGAUGUGCGAAUGGAAUGUGUAUUCCAGAUGAAUAUUGGUUAGAUGGAGAUUACGAUUGUAUGGAUUGGACAGAUGAAAAAGACACUCUUGUUGGUUCAGGAUUCGGAUGUUUCACUACGCCUUCAGUAGUUUGUGAUGAACAUCUGUGUCCCUAUGUACAAUGGUCAUGUGGUGAUGGCCAAUGCAUUCCUUAUACUGCUGAUCGACACACAGGUCUUCGCUCUUCUCGGCACAACUUCUGUCAUAAUAUGCGAGAUGUGAAUUUCAUGUGCGAAUCAGUAAUAAGAGAAUCGAGAUCAUGGUGGACGAUUGAUAAUGGAUAUUGUUUACCUUACUCAGUCAAUUAUCAAACAUUGGGGCUCGACUCUACGGUCAGUACUGAUAAAUGCAAUUUCUCUAUCAAAUGCGCAUUGACUUAUGGCCUUAACAAGGAUUGUCAAUGUAAAAAUGCUACUGCGUGCCGUUCAACAGUUCUCGAGUCAUGUUCAAAGCCGUAUGUGUUCUAUCCGGGAUCUGGGCCACUUCUUACUCCUCAAUUGGAUAUGGUUUAUGAACGUGAUCAUGAUUGGACAAAGAAAAAACCUGACAUAUAUGGAUUGCAUGGAAGGGCAAAAUGUAUUGGUUAUCAAUUUAUCACAAAGCAGAGAAGGUUUUACAAGGUUACGCAAAAUAUGUACUUUUAUGAUCCCACGACGUUCGAGUAUAUUCUUUGUAUUAUGAUAACAACAGAUCAAGGCAUUCGAAGUUACACGGGUCCACAUUAUGAUGUAAAUUGUUGGAACGAUUCGAAAACAUUCAACAAUCAUUCUUAUCAAGUUUCGUUUCGCUGUUUUACAAGAUGUAUCUCCAAAUAUCGAGUCAGAGAUGGAAUAUCGGAUUGUUUUAAUAAUAAUGAUGAACUUUCAAAUCUCAAUAACUCUUGUCUAGAAAUUCAGCGUCAUCGUUUUCAAUGUUCAUCAUCUGAAUUGACUUGUUUAUUAGUAGGUGCCGUAGGAGAUACGUUUCCUCAUUGUUCUAAUCAGCGAGAUGAAUUUCAGCGUGAAGUUAGUGCUGUCCCAAUGCGCAACGUUAAUUGCAUAGAAAGAGAAGGUUUGGGAUGUACUUAUCUUCGAGAAUACAUUGAAACUUCGUCGAAAAAUAAUUCAAAUGGCAUUACAGUUGUGAAUAGUUCUCUUCUCAGUGACCAUCUAGUAGCGGGAGCUCCAUUUCAGUUGUAUUGUGAUUCAUUUUUCAAUAUAAACUCACCACUUGAUGAGUCAAUAGAGUUUUGUAAAAACUGGAUUUGUCCUCGUGAUCAAUAUCAAUGUUUAUCCGGACAAUGUAUUUCUUUGAGUUGGGUGUGUGAUGGAGAAUGGGAUUGUGGUGAUGGAUCAGAUGAACAAGGUCUUUUUGCGAUCGAUCGUCUUAAUGAACAUAAUUCAAUGUUAAAGAAUUUAAGCGAAUUACAAGGCAAAUGUGCUGGACUGUAUCGAUUCGAUAAUGUUCCAUUUUCUGAUAUUUGUAAUAUUUCCAGAGAAUAUCCAUGUUUUCGGAGUGGUAUCGAUGAUCCAUUGAAUGUUACAAAACAUCGUCCAUGUAUUAACUUGACACAGAUUGGAGAUGGAAAAACAGAUUGUUUAACUGCUUUGGAUGAGAGAAAUCGAUUACGAUGUACAGGUUACGGUAUGUUAGGUUUUUAUCUUCAACUCAACAAUGGUUUUUGUGCAACGUAUCGUCAUCUAUGUACAGAUACCUUGAAGUGGAUACCGACUGACGAUGUAGACUAUAAUGCAGCGUGUUUUUAUCAGAAAUUUCGAUUUGAAAACAUCUCAACAAAUGUUUGCAAUGGUACCAAAGAUGUGAUGUGUUUAAACGGUACUUGCAUUAAAGAUGCUCGAUGUAAUGAUCGAAGAGAAUGUUCUCACGGUGAAGAUGAAUACCGAUGUCUAUCAUUAAAUCAAGAAUCAACGAAAUACAGAGAGCUUAAAGAUGAAAUACUUCCAGUAAUACAGUUAAAGAAUUAUCCGUCACAAAAAGACUUUUUGAUUAAAAUGGCUCGUCGAUCAUUGAUUGAAAAUGAAAGAAAUCAUUCAUUCGUUCCUUCAUUCAAUUCGAAAUCAAAUGAUGAAAUGACCCGAGUAUUUGGUUCGAAUCAUUCCGGAAGAAAAACUGUUUAUGAAAUUGUUCGUGAUUCCGUGGAAGAGGCUAAAAUAGAAUUUUCGAAAGAUUAUCUUCCAUAUAUUUGUAAUCGCGGUGUUGCAGUGAAAUAUUUCACAGGUCAUACAGUUUGUUUUUGUCCAUCAAGUUUCUAUGGUGAACAAUGUCAGUUUUAUAGUGAUCGGAUUACAGUUCUCACGCAUCUCGAUCUGAAUAAUUAUCGAUCAUUUCAGAAUACGAUCAAAGUGUUAGCAGCAUUCUUAUUUGAAGAUAAAAUCAUUGACUAUUAUGAAUUUCAUGUUGAUCCUCGAAGAGAAAACGAAAAGAAUUUUGUUAAACAACAGAUUUAUUUUGUUUAUCCACGAUCGAAAGAAUUUCUGCAAAUAAAAAAGACAAAUCGAAAUGGAACUCAACUAUACAAAGUUCAGUUUGAAAUAUUUCAGUUACAUUUGAAUGGAGAGAUCGAAAUCAGUGGAGUUUGGAAAUAUCCGAUCUAUUUUGACUUUCUUCCAUCAUUUCGUUUAGCUAAAAUCUUACGUUUUCCAUCCGACGAUUCCACAACUCUUCCUGAUCCUUGUUUAAAUCAUUUGUGUAGCGAAAAUGGAAUCUGCCAGAAGAUUAUCAAUUCGAAUUCUUCGGAAUCGAUUUGUUCAUGUAAAAGCGGUUAUUAUGGCAUUCGUUGUGAACGUUACGAUGAGAAAUGUCAGAAUUAUUGUUCACCUAAAUCAAUUUGUAAACCAAAAUCUCGUGGUAUUUUAACAGACAAUCAAGGUCAUCCAUUAUGCUUGUGUUCAACAUCAACAUUUGGCACCGAAUGUUAUUUCAAAAACGACAAUAGCGCACGAAAACUAUGUUUUAAUGGAGGAACUUAUGUUCUCCUCUAUGAUUUUACUAAUAUCAGCAGGUUUAUUUGCAUUUGUACUGAUUUCUUUCAAGGAAUUUAUUGUGAAACACCAAAACCAAUGAUAAAUAUCUUAUUGCUAUUAUCGGAAAAUUCUGUCUUGCAAAGAAGCGACGUGGUUGCUGCAACAGUUGCCUCCAGUGAUUAUGAUAUUCGGGCAGUACGUUUCAAUACUCCUCUUCAAAAAGUUUAUGCAGGUUUCCCUUCUGAGUUGAAGCUCAGCUACGAAGAAAAAGUUGCUCCAAAUGCACCAAUCAAAGCUGUUUUGAGAGUUUAUGAGAAAAGUUCUGUGGGCAAAGAAGCAAAGUAUUUUCUCUUGUACUUUCAAUUUAACCCAAAGGCAAUAAAUUUAACAAUUGAUCUGACAUCGGAAAGCCAUUGUCCACCAGUUGAAACAUUAUGGCAUUUAAUUGAGAACACAGAAAAUGUUGAUAACUCUUCGUUUAACUCGACGACUUCUGUUUUCUUUUAUCAUCGAAUCUGUCAAUUAAAAAACAACACGAACACAACAUUGAUAUGUUUCCGUGAUCUGAGAUAUCUUUGUAUUUGUGAAUCUGACUAUUAUCGUGCUGAAUGUUUUGAAUAUGAUCGUUCACUGGAUCAAUGUUCUUCGUGUUUAGCCAAUGGUUAUUGUUUGAAAGGGGAACUAAAUAAUAAAUCGGAUUUUCUGUGUAUUUGUCCACGUUGUUUCAAUGGAAAGAUGUGUCAGGAUUCAACAGAGUUGAUGAGUAUUACUUUGGACUCAUUGAUUACCAAAGAUAUUCAAAAUGAUCGUCAUAUUUCUGUUGGAAUCUACAUUUCAUUUUCACUUCUGAUCUUUUUCUUUGCUUUGUUCAAUAAUUUCAACAGUUUUCUGACAUUUCUUCGUCCAAAAGCACGGCAAAUGCCUGUUGGAAUCUAUCUCCUAAUUGUUUCCGUUAUUGAUCAAUGUUCCUUGUCACUUUUAUUCUUGAAAAUCGUUCAUGUUAUCCUUGGAAGUAAUGGAAUCUUAUUCGAAUACGAAAGUGUUAAUCUCUAUUCAUGUAAAAUCCUUUCUUAUCUUCUUUCUGUAUUCACACGAAUUACUUAUUGGUUAACAAGUUUGGUAACAAUUGAACGUUUAUGUUUGGUUUUAUUUCCAACAUCUCCUAUUUUAAAGAGUACACGCCGAGCACUCGGUUUAAGUCUUUUUAUCAUAAUAUUUGUCUUUAGCAUGCAUAUACAUGAAUUGAUCAAUUAUAGAACAAUUGUUGAUUUUUCUUACACAUCUACUGAUACAACUCUUUGUGUGACAAGUUAUGUUCAAACAACUAUUGCAAUUUAUAAUCGUGUCAAUGUGUUGUUUCAUUAUUUUAUUCCAUUUCUGAUUCAAAUUAUCUCCAUAACAAUCUUAAUCAUUCAAUUGGCUUUCAGUCGAGCACGAGCAAAUAAAAAUAAGAAACAAACCUUUACAAAUCUACUUAUGCAACAACUGAAAGAACAAAAGGAACAGUACGUUGUCCCGAUUAUUAUUGUCUUUAGUUCAUUACCACAAACAAUUACAUCAUUUUCAUAUGCAUGUACUGAAUUAAAACAAUCCUGGCAACGAUAUAUUUUGUUAACUACCUAUUUCUUUUCAUAUUUACCACAAAUGUUGGGUUUUAUUUUAUACGUAUUACCAUCAACAACCUUUUCAGAAGAAUUUCAUCAAACUAGAAUUGGAAAAAUAUUUCUUCGAUUAAAAUGA